UUUAUCCCGAUCUUAACUAUGCCUUCCAAUCUUUCUCCCGAUCGAUGCUGUACGCUUCUUGUGAUUAAACCACACCUAAAGUAUAAAUCUCGGCGGCCAGUCGCAUCCCAAAAACUUUGAAUCCAUUAUGUUGGAGACAGAUAGGAAGAGUGACAGCUCUCUGCAAACGCUACCGCCAGACACCGCGACUUAACUGAUCUAUAUCACCAAACUCAAAACGCUGUUGCAUUAUACUGUCCAGCAUGGCACCUUCACGAACCGUCGUCGUCACUGGUGGUACUGCCAAUCUUGGAUACUUCGCAGCUCUCCAGAUCGCUCGAGAGCAUCCAGAGUACGCCAUCAUUCUGUGUUCGCGUACCGAUAAAAGCAAUGCCGCUGUGGCCAUGAACAACACGUUGGGCCGGGAACAAGUGACCUUUCUGCCCUUGGACCUGUCCGACGGGGCCGACGUUCGCCGUUUCGUAGACAACUUUGCCUCUCGGAACUAUCCUCUCAUUCAGGCUUUGCUCUUGAACGCCGCCCUGCAGUUUCCAGCCGAGAUGCACUUGAACGGCGAGGGCUUGGAGUCGACUUUCGCGAUCAACCACGUCGGACAUGCCUUGCUGUUCCACCUCCUCUGCCCCUACUUGGCUCAGAAUGCCCGCGUAGUCCUCACUUCGAGCGGCACUCACGACCCUAAGCAGAAGACUGGACUGCCCGACGCUGUUUAUACCACGGCCGAGGAUCUCGCGCACCCGCCGCCCGCAUCUGUGAACAACCCGAGGGGCCGCCAGCGUUACUCUACUAGCAAGCUGUGCAACGUCCUCUGGGCCUACGCUCUAGCCACGCGACUCAAGGAGCGAGUCCCCGAACGCGGAAUUACCGUUAAUGCUUUCUGCCCGGGCUUGAUGCCCGGCACUGGCCUGGCUCGCGAGGGGACCGGCGUUGAACAGUUCCUCUGGCACAAGGUGCUGCCUCGCAUGAUCCCGUUGCUGCGCGUCGCAAUAUCUCCCAACAUCUGGAAACCCGAGCAGUCCGGCGCCAACCUUGCUCGGUUGGCCACGGCUGACGACGUCUCUGGCACCACGGGAGAGUACUUCGAAGCAAGGAAGACGAUCCCCUCGAGCGAGGAUAGCUAUGACGUGAAGAAGCAAGACGACCUAUGGCAGUGGACCAUCAAGUAUUGCGCAAACGGGGACCGUAACUUGGAAGCGAAGUUUGAGUCGCUAAAGUAGUGCAUGGUUAGAGAAGACGGGGAGUCUAGUUGGGAUAUUGGGAUUGUGUGUCGACACGUUAUACUCGACGCUUGAGUAGUUUCAUAGAAAGAUGUUUUAGAAGUA